GGAUUCGAUUCCACCACCGCGCCGCGCAGCCAGCGGACCCCCAUUAAAAACGAGGGUUUGGCCACCGCCUCGGCCGCCCACUCCUACCAUUUCGCCCCCGCUCCGUCUCUCCCAGUCUCCUCGCCGCGAGGGUGACGGAAAGCGACGCGGCGCGAGCGCGAGAGGAGGGCCAGGGCAAGGGACGCCCUAGUAGACACUCCGCGCCGCCGAUCUCCGCGCCGCCGCCGCCUCAGGGCUCGAGAUUGUGUCAGCUUUCAAGAUGUCGAUCAGCACAUUUGCUACUCCCUGCGUGCUGUUGAGCAAUGUUAGAACACAGAGCUCCCAGACAGCGGUGAAGAGCCCUUCAUCUCUAAACUUCUUCAGCCAAGGCAUGAAGGUUCCAAGCCUGAAGACCUCCAAGAAACUCGAUGUCUCUGCGAUGGCUGUGUACAAGGUGAAGCUCGUCACACCAGAAGGGGUAGAGCAUGAGUUUGAGGCUCCAGAUGACACCUACAUCCUCGACGCAGCUGAGACCGCCGGAGUGGAGUUGCCAUACUCAUGCCGUGCUGGAGCUUGCUCCACCUGUGCUGGCAAAAUUGAGGCUGGCGAGGUCGACCAGUCAGAUGGGUCCUUCCUUGAUGACGGGCAGCAGGCUGAGGGCUAUGUGCUGACAUGCGUCUCCUACCCCAAGUCUGACUGUGUCAUCCACACCCACAAGGAAGGUGACCUGUACUAGGGCUUUCAGUCCGGCAAGGGACCAAUGCUAUCGAGUGUGUUGUCAAGCAAAGCUCCAUCCUCCAAGUUGUGUCAACUCUCUGGCAUCAAACUUGCAUGGUGGUUGUCUUGUUUGUUCUGUUUGUGCGAGUUCAGGGAAUCACUGAAAUCAGGGUUGGCGCAUUAAGAUUGGGAACCCGUGGGAAUACUAGCUAGCAAUAAAAACUGGUGCGAUGCAUAAUAGUAUAAACUUCAUGUGGUUGCUUUUUUGUAUGUUGGGUUACCUGUUUUUUUCAGUUUUUUAUUCUGAAUCUCGCUGUAGCAUUCAAAUUUCCGAAGUGCCUCGGUUUCAUGUGGU